UCAAAAUUAUCCUCAGGCGCCGGCCUAGGGAUUCCUCGCAACGCGCUCGGCGUCUUACCUUGCGCAUCGCCGCCUCCCCUGGUCCUUCGGCAUCAGCGCCAGGCCGUCAACUUCAGAAGCAGCCUCCCCUAGCAAUUGGCAGAUAUGGCCGUGUCUUGUUUGUCUUCUAAUCCGUCGAGGAUUUCCUGUUGCGUGACGCCUAUAAGAGCAUCAAAUUCCUUUUGUCGGUCAGUUUCAUCAUUGCCCUGCAAUCUAAGAUUUAAAGACAGGAUUACACUUUUGUCCUCCAAGGACAGCAAGUAUGCAACUUCUCUAACUGAAGUGUACAUUUUGAGAAGGCCUCGCAUAACCAAAAAAUUGGUGCAUGCAUCUUUUGGUGAUAUGGCUGAAGAUUCAUCUUCUGUCUUCCCUAGGAUUCAUGUAAAAGACCCAUAUAAGCGGCUGGGAAUAAGCAAAGAAGCAUCUGAAGAAGAAAUUCAGGCUGCUAGAAACUUUUUAGUGAAAAAAUAUGCUGGACAUAAGCCAAGUGUCGAUGCAAUUGAAUCAGCCCAUGACAGGAUAAUUAUGCAGAGCUUAUAUGAUAGAAGGAGUCCAAAAAUAAAUUUGAAGAAGAAAGUAAGGGAGGUUACACAAUCGCGUGUUGUCAAGGCUGUCACAAGUAGAUUUGAAGCUCCAUCCAUGAAAAUCAUCUUGAAGACCGCGGCUGCAUUCAUUGUUCUUGGAGUACUCACUGUUCUCUUUCCAACGGAAGAAGGGCCAACACUUCAAGUGGCCAUUUCGCUCAUAGCAUCCAUAUAUUUCAUAUAUGACAGGCUUAAGAGCGGCUUGCGAGCAUUCUUAUAUGGGAUUGGAGCUUUCUUUGCUUCAUGGCUAUUGGGCACAUUCUUGAUGGUCUCUGUAAUGCCACCAUUACUUCAGGGCCCUAGGAGUUUGGAGGUGAGCACUUCUCUGUUGAGUUACAUUCUUCUCUGGGUUUCUUCGACUUAUCUCAGGUAAUUAUGUCACUGGCAUCCUUUUACUCCGAGGGAAGUGAGUAAAUAUACCAUCAUGCGGUUCUGCACAUGCAGUGUGCUCAUUUAAUUUUGGCUGUUUUGGCUAUCUAUAAAUGUGGUUUUUGCUCCUAGUAUACUCUUAAACAUGAUUAGCAUGUCAGCUGUUUUUGUUGUAGUUGGUCUUAGAUAUGUACAUUUACCUCCUUGUUUCUAUGAGUUAUCAAAAUGCGUCCUCCA